UGUAUAAUUAUAUCAAGGUUAAAAAUAGGGUAGUGUACCAAACCAGUAUAGCUCCUGAUGCCAGUGUCUGAUUAACCUUCUCACCCUUUCUGAUUUGGCUCCUGAAAUAGCAGUGAUUUGCUAGAUUACCUUGCACCUCCUUUCUAUUCUGAGACGACUGUUUAUAUCAUUGAAACUUUCAGGUUUGUAAAUCAGCCUCUAAGCAGAUUAACAUUUAUAAUUGGCUUGUGGAAAAUUAGAUCCCUCACUUAACUGACACUGAUAUCAAACAUGGACAGGAGCAGAUGGGCAGUGCUGUAAGAGCAACAGGAGGAAGAGGAUCAUUCCUGUAGCAUCAUUCUUCUGACCACGCAUACACAUGGGGAACAAUAGCAGCUCCACAGUGGAUGAUCUGCAGGCUGUUGAGAUCCACCACUGGUACAAAAAGUUCAUGAUGGAGUGUCCUUCUGGACAGCUGACAGAGCAUGAAUUUAAGCAGUUCUUUGGGCUUCGAGGGCUGGAUCCAGAGGCCAAUGAGUACAUUAAGCAGAUGUUCCGCACGUUUGAUAUGAACAAGGAUGGAUAUAUUGACUUCAUGGAAUAUGUGGCUGCCCUCAGCCUUGUUCUCCGUGGGAAGAUGGAGCAGAAAUUGCGGUGGUAUUUCAAGCUCUAUGAUGUAGAUGGCAACGGCUGCAUUGAUCGACAUGAAUUGCUCAACAUCAUUAAGGCUAUUCGAGCUAUUAAUGGUGGUGACCAUGAAACUAGUGCAGAAGAGUUCACCAACCGAGUCUUCAACAAAAUUGAUGUGAAUGGAGAUGGUGAACUUUCUCUGGAUGAAUUUGUGGAGGGAGCAAAGAAAGACGAGGAGUUCAUGGAGGUUAUGAUGAAAAGUGUGGACCUGUCACACAUUGUGGCCAUGAUCAACAACCGUCGGCAUAGUGUAUAA